AUGAAUGGGGAAAAAUUAAGUGAAGAUGAAAUUGCACUGUACGAUAGACAAAUUCGUCUAUGGGGAUUGGCAGCACAAGCCAAUAUGAGAUCAGCAAAAGUGUUGCUGAUCAAUCUUGGAGCUGUUGGCUCUGAAAUCACCAAGAGUAUUGUCCUUAGUGGCAUAGGACAUUUAACAAUAAUGGAUGGGCACAAAGUGACUGAAGAAGAUUUAGGCUCUCAAUUUUUCAUUGGCUCUGAAGAUAUUGGUCAAUGGAAGAUUGAUGCCACAAAAGAAAGAAUUCAAGACUUAAAUCCCCGCGUAGAGCUGAACUUUGAUAAGCAGACACUGAGAGAAAAAGAUGAAGGUUUUUUUCAGCAGUUUGAUUUAAUUGUGGCUACAGAAAUGAAGGCUGACGAGGCAAUCAAAAUUAACACAUUGACCCGAAGAUUAAACAUCCCAUUGUAUAUUGCUGGUUCUAAUGGAUUGUUUGCGUAUAUUUUUAUUGACUUGAUUGAAUUUAUCUCAGAGGAUGAAAAAUUGCAAAGCAUGAGACCUACUUUUGUUGGUCCUAUUUCAAGCAAUCGAAGUAUCAUUGAAGUCAACACUAGAAAAGAUGAGGAAGAUGCAAAAAAAACUUUCGAACGAAUCAAGAUCAAAAAUAGCUAUAAAUCAUUGGAAGAAGUCUUAAGCACAGCCACAUUAAAAGAAAAAAUGACACGAAGACAGUUAAAACGAGUCACUAGUGUCUUGCCAUUAACUUUGUGUUUAUUGCAGCAUGAAUUCAAUCAAAAGGGCGAGGAAAUAAGCUUUGAACAAAUGAAAAGAGAUGCAUUUGUAUGGUGUGAACAGCUAGGUGUACCAAAGACGGUGAUAAAUGACGAAUAUACACAACAAUUUAUCAAACAAAAAGGUAUUGAGUUUGCUCCUGUUGCUGCCAUUAUAGGAGGCGCUGUUGCACAGGAUGUCAUCAAUAUCCUGGGUAAGAGGCUAUCCCCACUAAAUAAUUUUAUUGUACUCGAUGGCAUUACUCUAGAUAUGCCACUUUUUGAAUUCUAA